AUUUGGGUGCAAAUAUGCUAUGCUCUGUCGCAUAAAAAAACAAGCAGUAUUUUCCGAAGUGCUGGAAAGAGUGUUCCCUCUGUUUCUGUUGUUUGUUUUGUUUGAAUUAAUGUGAAAUCAAACCCAAUCGGAUUGAAAGAAAAUGGGCGAUCGCGAUAAAACUAUGUACGGUUCCACACUUUCCCUCGAAUCGAUGAAGGUUAUUGCAGAAAGCAUCGGCGUCGGUAGCCUUCCGGAUGACGCGGCGAAAGAAUUGGCGGACGAUGUAUCGUUUAAGCUGAAACAGAUCGUACAAGAUGCGGUCAAGUUUAUGCAUCACUCGAAGCGCAUGAAACUGUCCAUCGCCGAUAUUGACCACUCGCUGAAGGUGCGAAACAUUGAACCACAGUACGGGUUCGUGGCACGUGAUUUUAUACCCUUCCGCUUUGCAUCCGGCGGAGGGCGCGAGUUACAUUUCAUCGAAGAGAAGGAAGUCGACCUAACGGAGGUGGUACAGGGCCAGUCGCCCAAGAUUCCUCUCGAAGCGUCGCUACGUGCUCACUGGCUGGCGGUGGAAGGCGUACAACCGACCGUACCCGAAAAUCCACCUCCAUUGUCGAAGGAUGUGCAAGCGCUUGAUUCGGUCAAUCCUGCCCAUAAGCUGGACAAAACAAACCAAAAGGAUACGACUGGUAAACCGACCAUUAACAAGCACAAGUUGAAGAACUCGGAAACGGUACAGGUGAAACAGUUGGCCCAACAUGAGCUUUCCGUUGAGCAGCAGCUGUACUACAAGGAAAUCACUGAGGCCUGUGUCGGAUCGGAUGAGGCUAGACGGGCGGAAGCUCUCACAUCGCUGUCCAGUGAUCCGGGUCUGCACGAAAUGCUACCAAGGAUGUGUACAUUCAUCGCCGAGGGUGUAAAGGUGAAUGUGGUCCAAAACAAUCUGGCCCUGCUGAUCUACCUUAUGCGAAUGGUUCGCGCCCUGCUAGACAAUCCUGCCCUUUACCUCGAGAAAUAUCUUCACGAACUCAUUCCCUGCGUUUCAACGUGCAUCGUGUCCCGGCAGCUGUGUAUGCGUCCCGAGCUGGACAAUCACUGGGCGUUGCGUGAUUUUGCCGCUCGGCUAAUGGCACAGAUUUGUAAAACGUUCAACACAUCCACGAACAAUCUACAAACGCGUGUAACGCGACUGUUCAGUGCCGCACUGCAAAACGACAAAACACCUCUGUCGUCGAUGUAUGGCGCGCUGCAAGGUUUGUCCGAACUCGGCACAGAGGUUACCAAAGUGUUCAUCAUACCGCGCCUAAAGUUUAUCUCCGAGCGUGUUGAACCGUUGCUUCAGGGAAUUACUAGUAACAUUAGCAACACGGACAAGAUCGCUGCUGGCCAUAUUCGCACAAUGCUGCUAAAGGGCGUUCCACCCAUACUGAAAACGCUCCGUAAUCCACCCGAUUUGGUAGAGGACUACAAGCGCGAUUACGGUUGCUUAGGACAAACGUUACAUCAGGCGGUGGUGAAAGCUCGUUCUGCGUCUCCUUCAUCGGGAGCUACCGGAUCAGGUGGUCCAUCUGCCGCAAGUUCCACACCGUCCGUUACCACCUCCAUUACCGUCAGCACUAGCAGUAACAGUAGCAAUACGAUAGUCCUAACGGCGGCGGCACCCUCCCGACCGCAGACGCCACAAUCGUCCACGAUUGCAAAAACGAUGGCAGCAACGGCUUCCAUACAGCGACCGGCAACAGCAACGGGCGGAUCGGGUAUGGCGCAAGUGCCAUCACAGCAAAAGUUUGUGAUAGUACCGCAACGUGCCCAAACACCUUCUCCUUCGCAAGACGAUUUUGUAGGUCCCAUUAUACAGCGGCAGAGUAGCGUACCCGGUGGUACGGCCCUCGCAGCGACCGGUUCCGCCGUGCAGUUACAAUCGAGCAUGAUCAAGCUGGAACCGGGAUCGAUCGCGACAACAUCGAAUGUGCCAUCGUCAAGUGCUGGCGGUGGUACAGCGAUCGGUCAGAAGGUGGUCAUUAUCAAUCAAUCCCAAGCUGGACCGGCUGCCAACAUAAUUGCCAAACCGUCGGCUUACAUACCCGCUGCUGGUAGUGUGCAGGAAGUGCAGGACGAUAUGAUACAAAUUCCUCCCGAGCUCGAUGAUCUUUCGCAUUUAGAAUAAGCAACAGAUGUCCUUUCGGUUGGUUUUCUUUUUUCUUCUGCUACGAUAACAUUAAUAAAUUCUAAAAGCACGAUUAGAAAAAACAUUUCCGGGAUUGAGUGCACACUGCGAUUAUGGAUCGUGCCCGCAAUACUUCCGAUCAAGACCGACAAAGACAGUGGUCAGAGACAAACAGAAAGCAAAGAAGAAUAAAUUCUUUACAGUGGUACACAGAUUGCA